UGAACUAAUUAACUAAUUUUUAUUACACACUCUUAUUGAACUCACUUUGUCUGUUGUUGUCGUAUCCUCAAAUCUUGUAACUCAAUUUUAACCCACUUCCCAAUGUGGUAUCGACUGCAAACUUGGCAUACCUACGUCAUACUGAUGACAAUACUAUAUUCUAUCAAACAUUUUUUUUUAAACAUUCUUUUUCAUAUGUUAUGUUUCGGCUUGGGUCUAAUUGUCCACGCUCAACUCACGUUGGCUGUAAAUCACCACGGCCCCUUACGUUGUGGCAAGCUUCGGGGGCCACUUCCUGGAGUCGUGGAGUUCUUCCAUUACGACCCGUCACCUUCUACGCGGUCACCGAAGCACCCAAUGUCUGGUCUCUUCCUCUCCCUCUGCCCGCCCUCCUCGUCGCCAUCGUGGGGGCCUACGUCCUGUUGCUGGCGCUCGCUCUGCUGCUGCGUUGCUGCUGGACGCCUAGAUCUCUAUCUCUAUCGGUGUAUCGCUCUCUGCAUUUCUUUCUGUUUCUUUCUCUGUCUCUGUGUGUCUCUCUGUGUGUCUCUCUGUGUCUCUCUGCCUCUCUGUCUCUCUGUCUCUGUGUCUCUGUGUCUCUGUCUCUCUGUGUCUCUGUCUCUCUGUGUGUCUCUGUGUCUCUGUCGCUGUGUGUCUCUCUGUCUCUCUGUCUCUGUGUCUCUCUGUCUCUCUCUGUCUCUCUGUGUGUGUGUGUGUACACGCAGGAAAGGGGAAUCUCCCCGUGUGACCCUGACGGCUGCUGCUCCCCUCCCUCCUCCUCCUCCUGCACCGACUGCUGCCUGAGCUGCGCUCGGAGCUGCGAUUGCCGAGUUCCCACGGUGACCGGCUGCCUCGACUCCUGCUGCCCUCGUCCCAACCGUUUCAGAAGCACCCGCGCCCACCUCUGUGAUUGUAGCGGCAUCGGCUGCAGCUUUGGUUCGUGCUGCGAUUUCUGCUGCGACUGCAACACUCUGUGAGUCCAGGCUCUACCGCUGCUGUCCGUGCUCCCAGUGCGUCUGCGGGUGGCAUGAGCCCGACUGCAACAACUUCAGCUGCAUCUGCUGCUCACUGCGACUCAACUGAGCUCACCGUAUCGGAGCGGAGACUCACAGCGGCCUUCAGCGUGUCUUACAUGUGCCUGAGUCUGUGUGAUUGUGUGUGGUGGUAGGUGUGUGUGUGUGUGUGGGGAGCGGUAGUGUAGCGGUUAGCGCGCUGCGCUAUGAACCCGGCGACACGAAUUCGAUUCCCGCUCACGGCCAACACCAGUGACGAUUAUCUGAACCGGUCCCGGGCCUCCCCUAGGUCGACUCAGCCUCAAAUGAGUACCUGGUGCGGUGUGUAAACAUCACCACUAGGGAGACAAAGGCGGUCGGGCGUGGUGCUGGCCACCCACCCCUCGUGUGCCGUGCCGGCCUUCAUAGGUGCUCGCUAACAGCACUUGCCCCUACAGUCUGUUAAGGCUAUACGGGGGGUCUUUGUGUGUGUGUGUAGUGGUGUGUGUGUCUGUAGUGGUAUGCACAAAGCUUUAACAGAAAAAUCGGAGGCGCAGGAAGACGACCACCACGGGCAUGUCUCACACUCUGAGCCGGACUGGUCAGGAGUUCAAAUCCACCACCUGCCACAAAAUCUGCAAGUCAAGGAUCGGCCUUGUCAGCCACCAGCAACGCCUGCCAACCACAUGGACCUCUUAUUCCUCCCUGAUUUUCGCAAGCGAAUAACCAGCCGACGACGAGAUGUGUGUGGGUGUUGUGGUAGACGUGUGUGUGUUGUGGUAGACGUGUGUGUAGUGGUAGGUGUGUGUGUGUCGUGGUAGGUGUGGUGUGUGUGAUACGAUCAAUCAGGCCUUCAUGAUGAUGGGCAGUCCCCGUUAAAGCUACGUGGCCGAGAAUCAGAGUUAUUCCCUGUUCACCUUGGGGGUGCGACAGGGAUAUCCUUUGGCUCCUACAUUAUUUAACGUCAUCUUUGACCACGCAGUUUGAGAAGCUUUCCAUGGCUGUGCCAAAGCAAUUUCCAUCCGGUACAGAUACAAUGGGAGGCUGAUCGAUGCUCGGGUGCGGUCGAGGUAUGGCUACCUAUUGGUCAACCAUGUUAUGUACGUCGAUGAUCUGAUGAUUGCUGAUCAAUCUGAGGGGUUGGAGGCUCUGCUGCUAGACCUGGAGCUUGCCACGAAGAGGUGGGAUCUUGCCAUGAGCCUAACCCAAAACAAAGCACCUGCCUGAGUAUUUUGUGCCAUCGAAAACUCCACCUCCUCAACUCCCCAUGAGUGAUGGGACAGCUGUGGAGAGCGGGUGCUCAUGGCUAUCUAGUUUGGCAACAGAGGUCUCGCUGAAUCAGUGGAGCAGCAUUUUUCUAUCGGCUGCUAAACGCUGUGUGGAGGCUACCUGGCCUUUACACUAUGAGACCUUUGCCAGUGGCAAAAUAUAGUGAUAGGUUUUUACCCUUUCAACUGGUACAAAAAAGGCUCUAAGAAAAGCUGUCUCGGGUGUGGACCAAUCAACUUCAAGGACAGUGCAUAUCAUUAUCAGAGUUUCUUUUUGUUUGCAUUUUGACUGUGUUGUGGUUAUUGCAAAAAUGAUGCCUUGUAUAAAGGUGUCAGUUUUUGUACCAGUUGAAAGGGUAAAAACCUAUCGCUACCUGGCCUGUCGCUUCACACGAACCUCUGGGUCUUCUCGGCCACAGUAAUGCACUCCCCUCUGUAUGCUUCCGAAAUGUGGACCCCUUUAAAACACAUUCCUGUGGAGGGAGCUGGUAGGAGCGUUGGGUUGCUCGGUCAAUGGCCAAGGUCAACGGCGGCGUGGUGUAUUCCGCAAAUAUGGCCGACUGUGAGGGCGGGCACAAGCUGGCGUGAGUAGGUUAAACGUUGAGUUUUAUAAGGGCACCACGGGGUGACCAGCCCCUCCCCACCCUCCCAGCCCCACCCUCCCCACCCAGCCCCUCCCUGCACGACGGACGGACACAAUAAUCCCAUGUGGGCUGGUGGAACCAGUGGGUUCCUACCAGUAAGAGGAACAUCUGCACCGGUGUAAAACAUUUAGGCUGGCCCUGCCUACGAUCCAUCGGUUUAACCUGCGGGCUGGAUUGUGUGAGGGGCCUCACACAUCCAGACAGAUCUGGAUAUUCCCAUCGGUUAGCUUCUCCGGAAUACAAGGCUAUAUUGGCUGGGUCAUGUAGCCCACAUGCCCAGCCCUAUCGCCUCCCCAAGCAGCUUCUGUUUGGCCGGAUAAGAGGGGGCUAAAUGGGCGCAACACGGACUGGAGAAGAGACGGAGCUGAUUUGGUACAGAAGGACGUGGAGCUGAGUGGCCUUGCCGAUGACCGGUACCAGCGGUGUCAAGAUCGCCCUCAUUCGAGGAGGCUCGUGAAGGACGCAGCUACUGGGCAGUUGGAGGCACUUGCCCUGGUAGCAACAACGGAGGGUGGAGGAGCGAUGCUCGCAACAACGAGCGGAGCGCUGGGCAUCUAAAGUGCAGCAAUUUGGCACAGUAUGAAGAAUAGGUGGCGCGUCUGCCAAUUGUCUCGGUUAACCCACGGGUCUUGGAUCUGUCCGGUGACCUGCCACCGAGCCCUCGACACUUCACGUGGCCUCAAAGUGCACCGAGCCUAGCGCAGGCUCAUCACUGCCACUUGGUGGUGAACAGGAGCUACUGUUGCUAUGUGUGUGUUGCGUGCUUGUAAUUGUGUGGGGAGCGGUAGUGUGGUCGCGCUACGAACUCGGCGACUCGAGUUUGAUUCCCGCUCACGGCCACCAACACCGGUUGACGAUUAUCUGAACCGGUCCUGGGCCUCCUCCCCUCAAAUGAGUAACCUGGCGUGGUGGUGUAGUAAACAUCGCCACUGGGGGAGACAAAGGCGGCCGGGCGUGGUGCUGGCUACCCACCCCCCACCCCCUCGUGUGCCACAGUGCCGGCCUUCAUAUCCGCUGCUGCUACUCGCUACGAACAGCACUUGCCCCAACAGUCUGUUCAGGCUACACGGAGGAUCUUUGUAUUUGUCUUUGUUUACAAUUGUAUAUAUGUGUGAGUAUGUAUAUUUACAUGUACAAGUGCCACAUUCUCGGUCUGCCACAGAUGGUUUAAUCGGAUGGUUGUCUACACAGAUCAUCCUCAUUAAGUCUCAAGAUGCUUAUUCAUCAGGAUCCUGGCACAGUGUUUUAUUUUCUAGCAUCACCGGCCAAAUUCUCUCUUAAAUGUUUAGAGACGUUGAUUCUAAAUGUUGGAGGGGGGGAAAACCGGAGGAUCCCGGAGAAAAAUCCACGCAGUGACCAUCACGGGAGAGAGAGAGAGAGGGAGAGACGCAGUCUCCAAAUAUACAGCAGCAGGCGUUAUCGGGGUCGGGAUCGAACCCACGACCUCCUGCACACCAGGAAAGGUAGUCAACAUCUACGUAGCCACCGUGGUUUCGGGGUCGGGAUUGAACCCACGACCUCCUGCACACCAGGCGAGGUAGUCAACAUCUACCUAGCCACUGUGACGUCAGGGUCGGGAUCGAACCCACGACCUCAUGUAUACCAGGCGAGGGAGUUAACAUCUCACCAAAUAUACAGUAGCAGGCGUUGUCAGGGUCGGGAUCUUCAAGCCCACGAUCUGCGUACCAGGUGGGAUAGUCAACAUUUCUCUAGCCACCGUGGCGCCCUUUGAUAAACCUAGAAUUAGAAUCGGAAUAUUAAUCGUGGAAGAAUACCUUGAUUCAUGAACCUCUCUGCUCACAGGUGUCCAGUAGGAGCACGGGGUAGGAAUGGUACAAGAAAAAAACACGACACGCAAACACGAUGCUAGUGAAAAGUACAAGAUGGGUAAAGAAAUCACCCAAACACAUACAAAUACAACACUCAACCAUCCUAUCAGGUAAAGCCCACUGAGGUAUUCAAUUAUUUUUCAAAAGCGACCUGGCCAUUACUAAACUAUAGCAGAUCAACAAAGUGGCCCCGUGAUUUGGACAUAGUCUAAAACGCAUGGUUUUUAAUGUGGAGGGGAAACCCGGAGAAAAAAUCCACGCAACCGCGAGGAGAGAGAGAGAGAUGCAAACUCCAAAUAAGCAGCAGGCAUCAGGGUCAGGAUCGAACCCACGACCUCCUGCAUACCAGGCGAGGUAGUUAACAUCUCUUAGGAACUUGGGCAGGACCCUCCCUUGAAUGAAGAGAUCUUGAGACUCUGUGAGGCUCUGUCAUGUUAAAGCGAACAUAAUUGAAAAUGGUAAUGAAUUAAUAAAGAAUCAAUGAUCACCA